AAUAUACAGCGCCCUUACCCUUCCCCCGAGAGCACAGGUGUUUGCAUGCCCUAAAUACGCUCCUAUACCGUAAAUAAUGCUCAAAUCCCAAUUGAAAUACUAUUUCUGAUAAUUAAAUCUGGUGGAAAAGGCCCAUUCAAUCUAAAAUGUGAGGCAGAGUGAUGGAUUACAUACUAUACAAGACCUUGAAAGAUGCCACAAGAAAAGUUGUCAGUACCUCCCCCCGCGUGUAUGAUGGGCGUCGAGGUGAAAAAGGCCGGUUCACAUCAGCCGGUCGCCGCCAAAAACCGCAUGUGCUGUUUCUGCAUGUGCGGCGACAAAGCUGGUGGAGCCGCGGACUCCAGUACGGCGGGUGCACGCCUGCGACGUCGCAAGCUUGUCAACGGCUGUCUGAACAGUGUGGCGGUGUGUGUCGGCCUUAUCGGUUACACAUUCCUUGGAGCAGUGCUCUUUGUGCAAAUCGAGGGAGACGGCAAUUUUGCACUAGUUAGGACACCGCUGCCUAAGACGCCCGAGAAACCGCACGAAUGGCCGGUAGACUUUGGUGACAACCUGCGCAACAAAGCGGUGGAGAACAUCUGGGAGAUCACCGUCAACCUGAACAUCCUUUACCGCGAGAACUGGACCCGGUUGGCAGCCCUGGAGAUCGCCCGUUUCCAGGAGCAGCUGGCUCACGAGUUGGCCAAGGAGUUGGAGGAUGAAAGCAACGCCAACUCCGACCAAGACAGUGCUGCGUCUCAGUGGGACCUCGCCUCUGGGUUGCUGUAUUCCAUCACUAUACUCACUACUACAGGCUAUGGAAAACUAGGCCCGAAAACAGUGAUGGGAAAAACGGCAACCAUGCUCUAUGCAGCCGUCGGCAUACCACUGAUGCUAGUCUACCUGUCCAGUAUCGGCCAGCUACUCUCCACGUGUGUCAUAGCCCUUUUUCGCCAGGGGCGCCCCAAACCGCGGCCUCCGCCCCCUGUACGUCUGGAGCCUUUCUAUAUACGCGCCUCGGGUACCCCUGCAGAUGGGGGUAACGAUUCUAGGCACUGUUCCGACGCCCUGCACAAGUCUCCGUCGAUUUCGAUAAACAGCAGUCACUACACUGCGGCGGGUACUCCCACAGGAGGCGUGCAUGCGGCUAGCAAGGGCACGUUCAGUACGGUGCUAUGUUUCGGCGUAAUGAUAGCCUACAUCUGUUGUGGAGCAGUGAUCGUCUGCCUCCUGGAAAAGAACUGGUCCUACCUUGACGGUGUGUUCUUCUGCUUCAUGACGUUGAGCACCAUCAACUUUGUCGACGGCGGAGGGGCCUCGCAGACCCCAGGCGGGUCCACCAGACCCCCUGCACCCAAUCCGGGGGGCUCAGGGGACCCCACAACGGUGUGGUUCUUCUCGCUGUACAUCCUGUGGGGCAUGGCGCUGACGGCCAUGUGUUUCAACAUUUUCCAUCGGGAGGUGGUGUACAGGCUGGACUAUUCGACCUCCUGCCAUCCGCGGCCGAUACCAGGCGGCGCCGUUUCCUGACCAGGCGCUACCAGGCGCCAGUCCAGCUAUGAUUCCGAGAAACGCAGGCGUAGGAGAUCCAGCGGUAGUGUGAGCCAUCAGACACAGCAGACUGGAGCAGACAGUCCUGGAGAAUCUGGAAUCGAUUACUUGAACAUCAAGUUUACUGGAGUGGCGGUCGACGCUCCAGAUACAGACGAUGCCGAACCUGAAGAGAACACCAAGAUGUAAAAAUAAUGAAAAAUACUAUUGAAACUAAACUAAAGCACACAACUAAACAUGUAAUUUAUACAUAAAUAUUUCACUAUACUGAGGUCCAAGUUAUAAUGGCAGUGGAAAAAGAUAGAACAACAGCGUUGCUGAUUCUCUGCAUUGCCAGAUUAUAUUUCUAUAUUGUUGAAAACCGAUCUGGCAAGCGAGAAAGAGAUAGCGCUAUCUGCUUUGUUGAAUGAUAGACAAGGAUAGCAACACCAAUGUUAAUCAAAUACUGCCAUUAUAACGUGGACUCCACUAUAAUCAUGACACAUUUGAAGCUAUAGUGAGUAGAAUGUAAGAAGAUCUAAACAAAAAUAUAAUUACACAUGUAAUUCAGUCAUAAAUAAUAUUUCUGAAGUCAUGACAUAUUUGAGGCUAGUGAAAAUUCAUAAGGUUGCUUAGUUAUAACAUAUAUAAUUAUUAUUAAACGAAAAUCCAAAAUUAAAAGCUGUAAACCACCCAGAAGAUUUCUGCUACUGCAAAUAUUUCCAUCUAGCUGUUAACCCUGUUGUCAAUAUUUUAUUUUAGAUAUUGUAAAAUAAAUAAAAUGGAAUAAAAUAAAAUAUUGACAACAGGGUUAACAGCUAGAUGGAAAUUCGAUGAGAGCUACUGGCCAAAAAUUAUUUGCUAGCCCGGGAAUCGAACCCGGUUCCUCCUAAUUGCUAGUCAGGUAUGAUUAGGCCUACCCUUACAGUAUACCAAACUGAGUUGAACAGAGUUGAACCUUAAAGAGUGCUACAAGCUACCGUAUUGAUGUAAAGGCCUAUUGGAAGUUCAAAACUGUACGGUACAGUAUUAUGAUGACACUAUUUUUUAACUAAUUUGAAAAAAAUAAUUCAAGAGUUAAGAAUCCAUUAAUAGCAGUGAAGAAACCAAUAAUUUGAUCGAAUACCUCGGUACUAUUUGUAAAGCAUUCCAUGUGUUUGAAGAUGGAAAAUAUUGUAAUGAAAACAUAAUGAAUGAACUUUGUGAUGCUUAUUAAUUUUAUAAAAUUUUUAGUAUUUUCAGUCAUACCGAACAGUAUUUAAUAUGGUGUUCAUUGAAUUUUAAAUUACCGUAAUCCUGAGAAAUCUGUAGAAAAUAGAAUAAGAAUCAAUUUCAAAAUUAAAAGACACACAAAUCUACUGUAAGAAAAUGCGGAAUUUGUAACUCUUUUAUCAGUGCUACAUUUAAUCUGCACUUGAAAAUGGUUCUAGGACACUAAAUUUAAUUACAACCUACCUACUAAUUGAUAUGAUAAAUUUAGAUGAGAAAUAUUUGCAACCUUGUCAAUUUUUGUCGACUGUAAGGUUUAAAGACAUUUCAAAGCACAUGGUAAACCAUCCAAAAGUUCAAUUAUUUAUUCAUAAAAAGUAGAGCUUUAAAUUAAGAAUAGUUGUUCAUUAUUUGUUGGUAAAUAAUAUUCCAAAAAUAAAUUGUUACAAGUAGUUACUUGAUCAGUUUAUACAUUUACAAAAAUCAAGGAGAGCAAAUUGAACUUUAAUAGUUGACAAUUUUAGUUGUAAAAUAUAACUAACAGAACUAUUUUAGUUAUAAGCUAAAACUAAAUAAUUUAGGUAGCUUACCCCAUAAAAGCUAUACGUGUAGUUGUAUUAAUGUCAUUUGAACAUGAUCUUCCAAGUAAUAAUUAUAAUAUAAAUUACAUACUAUUCAAUGUGUAUACUUGAAUAAAUUGUUUUUUAUUUAAUAUUGA